UCUCCUUCACCAUUGGGCGUUGCUUGCCUUAGCUCUGUUAAACCCUAUAAAAGCCUCUGUGAAUCCGUACCCUACAACUUCUUCUUUCUCUCUGCCUUAUCUACCGGCGUCCUCAGUUAUCCGCUACCAUCGGAGGGAGAAAUGAAUCCCUCUACCCUCCUCGCUUCUCACUUCUCAAGCAACCGCUGCCCCACCUCCUCUUCUCUCAUCAAUCCUCUCCCUCUCCCUCUUCGAGCACCCGCAAACUUCAAUCUCAGUGGGCGACGCCAAUUCAGAGUCUCAAUUCCGCGUAACUCGUCCGAGGUUGCUGAAGAAUCCGUCUCCUCCUCCUCCUCCUCCUCCUCCUCUUCUGCUGUAGAUAUCUUUGGUGGCAACAAGGAGCUCACUGGGAUUCAGCCCGUUGUUCGGUUGUUACCUCCGCCCUUGAGAUUGGCGACCUCGGCCAUUGUUGUUGCUGGGGCUGUAGCCGCCGGUUAUGGGCUAGGGCUGCGCUUUGGUAAGACCCGCAACGCGGCUUUGGGCGGGGCGGCUGCUCUCGCUGCCGCCAGUGGAGCUGCUGUAUACUCCUUGAAUUCAUCCGUUCCUGAAGUUGCGGCUGUGGAUUUGCAUAAUUAUGUGGCUGGAAUUGAUGAUCCUAAGAACGUGAAGAAGGAGGAAAUAGAAAGCAUUGCCACAAAAUAUGGAGUUAGCAAGCAAGAUGAGGCGUUUAGCGCGGAGCUUUGCGACUUGUACUGUCGAUUUGUGUCUUCUGUUCUUCCUCCGGGAAGUGAAGAUCUUAAAGGUGAUGAGGUCGACAUGAUUAUCAAAUUUAAAAGUGCCUUGGGCAUUGAUGACCCUGAUGCAGCUGGUAUGCAUAUGGAGCUUGGUAGAAGAAUUUUUAGGCAACGGCUAGAAACUGGAGAUCGUGAUGGUGACCUAGAGCAACGUCGGGCGUUUCAGAAACUUGUAUACGUAUCGACCCUUGUAUUUGGAGAAGCAUCAUCUUUUCUUUUACCUUGGAAACGUGUUUUUAAGGUUACUGAUUCCCAGGUUGAGAUUGCCACCCGUGACAAUGCUCAACGCUUGUAUCUUUCCAAGCUAAAAUUAGUUGGAAGAGAUAUUAAUGCGGAGCAGCUCAUAAGCCUCAAAGAUGCACAGAGUUUGUAUAAACUUUCCGAUGAGCUGGCAGAUGAUUUGUUUAAGGAGCAUACAAGAAAGCUGGUUGAGGAAAAUAUAUCAGCAGCACUCAGCAUACUCAAGUCUAGGACAAGGGCAACUAGGGGAGUCACAGAAGUCGUGGAAGAGCUUGAUAAGAUACUUGCAUUCAACAGUUUGCUUAUUUCAUUAAAGAACCAUCCAGAUGCCAACCGCUUUGCUCCUGGAGUUGGUCCAGUUUCUCUCCUAGGUGGAGAGUAUGAUGGUGACCGGAAGAUAGAUGAUUUGAAGCUUCUCUAUCGAGCAUAUGUUACAGAUGCUUUAUCUAAUGGCCGCAUGGAAGAAGAUAAGCUUGCUUCCCUGAAUCAGUUGAGAAAUAUAUUUGGGUUAGGCAAGCGUGAAGCAGAAACCAUUACACUUGAUGUUACCUCAAAGGUUUAUCGCAAACGCCUUGCACAGUCUGUAAGUGGUGGUGAUUUGGAGAUAGCAGAUAGUAAAGCAGCCUUCCUCCAAAAGCUAUGUGAUGAGCUGCACUUUGAUCCAUUGAAGGCCAGUGAUAUUCAUGAAGAGAUUUAUCGACAAAAGCUUCAGCAAUGUGUUGCUGAUGGAGAGCUGAGUGAUAAGGAUGUAUCCGCACUACUGAAGCUAAGAGUUAUGCUUUGCAUACCUCAGCAGACUGUUGAAACGGCCCAUACAGAUAUUUGUGGUUCCUUGUUUGAAAAGGUCGUAAAGGAGGCUAUUGCUGCAGGUGUUGAUGGUUAUGAUGCAGAAAUAAAGAAAUCUGUGAGGAAGGCAGCUCAUGGCUUGCGCUUAACAAGGGAGGCUGCCAUGUCGAUUGCAAGCAAAGCAGUCCGAAAGAUUUUCAUCAACUACAUAAAGCGAGCUCGCGGAGCUGGAAAUCGUACUGAAGCUGCAAAAGAACUAAAAAAGAUGAUUGCUUUCAAUACGUUAGUUGUAACUGAAUUGGUGGCUGACAUAAAAGGGGAAUCUGCUGAUCCCACGUCAGAAGAGCCUAUCAAAGAAGAAGAGGAACAACUUGAAGAAGAUGAGGAAUGGGAAUCUCUUCAGACUCUGAAGAAAAUAAGACCAAAUAAGGAACUUUCUGUGAAGUUGGUGAAGCCUGGUCAGACAGAGAUAACUUUGAAGGAUGACCUGCCAGAUAGAGAACGAACUGACCUCUACAAGACAUAUUUGCUUUUUUGUUUAACUGGUGAAGUGACCCGAAUUCCGUUUGGUGCUCAGAUCACAACAAAGAAGGAUGAUUCUGAGUAUGUUUUGCUAAAUCAGCUAGGUAACAUUUUGGGUUUCACCACCAAGGAGACAGUUGAAGUACAUAGGAGCCUAGCUGAGCAAGCCUUCCAGCAACAAGCUGAGGUGAUUUUGGCUGAUGGUCAACUGACAAAGGCCAGGGUAGAUCAGCUGAAUGAGUUGCAGAAGCAAGUUGGCUUGCCAUCUGAAUAUGCCAACAAGAUCAUUAAGAGCAUAACAACCACGAAAAUGGCUGCUGCCAUUGAAACAGCUGUCAGUCAAGGGAGGCUCAACAUUAAGCAGAUUAGAGAACUCAAGGAAGCAAAUGUUGAUUUAGAUAGCAUGAUAUCUGAGAGGUUGCGGGAGAACCUCUUCAAAAAGACCGUGGAUGACAUUUUCUCAUCUGGCACUGGCGAGUUUGAUGAAGAAGAGGUCUAUGAGAAAAUCCCGUUGGACCUCAAUAUUAAUGCUGAGAAGGCAAAAGGGGUCGUGCAGGAGCUGGCACAAAGCAGGUUGUCAAACUCGUUAAUUCAGGCUGUGUCAUUGUUGAGACAGAGAAACCGUGAGGGGGUGGUAUCCUCUCUCAAUGAUCUCCUUGCAUGUGACAAAGCCGUUCCAUCGAAACCUUUAUUAUGGGACGUAUCAGAAGAACUGGCUGAUCUGUACUCUGUGUACCUGAAGAGUGGGCCGGCGCCUGAAAAUCUAUCCCGUUUGCAAUAUUUGCUGGGCAUAGAUGACUCUGCUGCAGCUGCAAUUCGAGAGAUGGGAGAUAGAUUACACCCUAUUGGCGCGGAGGAGGAAAAGUUUGUAUUCUGAUUGUAGUGCACCCUGGAUAGGAAUUUUUGUUUUCAUAAUUUUGCUUGACUGAUGGAUUGAGAUUAUAUGAUGUGGUGUGUGAUGUUUGUUGCCAAGGAUUGGUAAUAAUUGUAAUGCUCCAUUUUAGUCUCCCAAUAGCAGAUAGCCAUAUGAUCUACAGGUACAGGGGCCAUUAGACAAAAGAAAUGAUAUCCUGGAAAAUGAAUGUGGGCUUACUCUGUGAUGGGCCACAUGAUGUUUUUGGGCUAUAAAAUUAUCUGAACAUUGCCUUUGUAAGAAAUGGACUGGCAUAACACUUGAUUUCAUAAUCCAAAAAUACCCGUGUUGAA